UGGUUGGAAUGCUGCGUUCUGAUUGGUGUAUUUUCAAAAAUGGAUGACAAUAUACCAAUAAAAACACAGUGUUUCUAUCCAGCAAGCAAUCCAGAACGAAAACAAGUAUCAUGUGCCGCUGGCUUUAGAUUCAAUCAAGAACAUAUACCAAUCAGAUUCAUAAAUUUUACUGUUAUAAGGUUGCUUUCUCUUCUGGAUGCAACUUUUUUUUCUAUCUGUGAUAAAACGUCUCAAAAACAUCGUAUUGUGAUACUUUUUUAUGUAAAUUCGACGAAAGAACCAUCGAUUUGGUAGAAGAAUAAUUAACGAAUGCAGUUUGUAGUAAUUGUUCUGAUCUCUGUUUUUUUAAUCUUACAAGGGAAUCUAGAAUUUUGCUAUAAAUUUGUCGUAAAAUUAUCUUUGAUUCGACAUCCAUUUCCAUAAUAUCAAUUUGAAUUUGAUCAGCAGCGAUAUAAAUAAAAACAGUAAACAAUGAUGAGAUUAAAAUGUACUGUCAGGAUAUAUGACAGGACAUUGCUUUCGAAGCAAAGAACCUACCGUUCUGUAUUGACAAUCAGUAAGCAAUCUGAUAAAAACGAAGUAUACCUUCUUUUACAAAAUUUGAAAAAUAAGGAAGGAAUCAAGUAUAAGAUUCACAACAACGUGGAAAAAAUAUUCACAAAGUUUAUUGAUGAUGGCAAAGCCACAAUAAGUUUGAAAGAACCUAGACAUGAUCUAAUUAUUGAGACUUUUUCAAUUAAUGAAGUUAUUCAAUUAAAAAGUUUCCUUCAUAUAUUGAAACUCAGGUUGCGCAAGAUUGGCGAAUCGUCUUUCCCAAUUAUCUCGAAUUUAAAGUUGAAAAACAUGGAUUUAUCACGAGCUAAUAAACUUGUGAUUCAGAAGAAAUCUGAGUAUCCACUGUUACGUGGUUUCCCAAAAAUAAUAGAAGAACUUUCUAUAUUAGGAUUAGGAAGAAGGUCUUUUGAUCGACAAAUUCUGAAUUUGAAAUAUUUAAAAAUUUUAAACUUGUCAAGUAAUCAGAUUCAACAUUUACCUAAAGAAGUUGGCUGUUUGCCACAUCUUCAAGAACUUAUUAUACCACAUAAUAAGUUAGGAAAAUCUACAUUUGAGUGGAAAUGGAUUAGUCAAGUUGAAAUUAGAAGGAACUUACGCUUGUUAGAUAUCAGAAAUAAUGAAAUAUCUGUAUUGCCAGUACAAGUUGGAAUAUUGGAUGUUCUAGUAAAAUUACAAGUUUGCCAAAACUUAUUGACCAAAUUACCACAAAGCAUUGGAAGGUUAAGAAAUUUAAAAUAUUUGGAAGCAGCCAGAAACAAUUUGUCGUGUCUACCAGGAAGCAUGAGGCACCUGCGAUUAGAUUAUUUGGAUAUUUCAGGCAAUCCAUUUAAUUUUCAAAAUUCUCAUUUCGUUGUAUAUUAUCACGUUAAUGAAGUAGUAACUCUUGUUCAAUAUGCAGCUAUAGCCUUACUAAAAGCCAGGAUAACGUAUGAUAAUAGUACGAUGCCACCUAACCUGGUGCAAUUCCUGGAUAAUGCUACAUUCUGCUGUGUAUGUUCACAAGCCUGUUUUAAUCGUUAUGUACUAGACUACAAGGAAAUGGAGUUAAGACGAGUAACUUGUCAAGUCAAGAGAACGGCAAAUACAACCAUUCUAUAUGAAUGUUACUUUUGCUCAAAAACUUGUCAACGUUAUUUUUAAAUAUUGGAUGGACAUUCUGUAACUGUUAUUACACAAUGCAACGUUUCAUCGCGUGAAGAAAAAAUUACCAUCUGACACAAGUUAUUUUGCAUCCACAAUGAAUUGGGCUAUAGUCACGUGUAAAAUAUUUUAUAUUCCUUACAGAACACAUUAAUUUAUAAUUUUUAUAUACGUGCCAACUCGUUUAUAUCUAAUUAUAAUUUUUCAUUACCGGCUACUUACGGUGAUGUGUGACUGAAUUAAAUAAUUAAAGUAAUUAUAAAGAUAAACUGGUAACUGUUGUCUUUAUCAUAUCUCAUUGAUAAUUUGUAGAAUUUAACAUUUCUAAAAAUUAAAAUCUUAAAAUAAUUACU